UUAUUGCAGGACUGGCAAUGGGAACUAGGUGCAUAUGCAGUUCUCUUAGCCUGGAUUAAUUUCAUGUUUUUCUUGAAAACUGCUUCAUUCUUCGGCAUCUACAUUCUCAUGUUUAUAGAAGUUAUAUCGACUAUGGUAAAAUUUUUGCUUGUUGCUGGAAUCUUUAUUUGCACCUUUGCUGUGGUAUUCUGCAUCCUUAUCAUCAAUCAGACGCAGUAUCACACAUUUGGGGACUCCUUAGUUAAGUCUCUGACCAUGCUUACCGGUGGAAUAGACUUUGAUACAGUCUUUCAUCCCAUGGACUAUUUAUACCAGCCGUCUGCUGCUGAGGACUUCACAAGCGUAGUCUUCUACCCUCACACUACCCAUGUUAUCUUUAUCAUAUUUCUCUUAACCAUGCCGAUGGUCGUCAUGAACCUCCUAACUGGUUUGGCAGUCUAUGAUAUUGCCCGCAUACGGAAAAAGGCCAACACUAUUAAACACACUAUUGAGCUAGCCCUUGACGAGACAAUGGCCUCUGCAGAUUCUUCCACUCCUAAUUCAAUUAAUUCCAUCCCCGCUUAA